AUGGGUUGUACUAAAUCAAGAGUUGGUCCGAUGCCGGCAAAAAGGACGAGGGCAAUGAAGGGUGCAAGGUUUUCCAUCACAAACCGCGUCGCCUCGAGGGGCAAUACUGGCCGUACUCCGGGGAUGAAGUUGUGGAGGCGGAUCAUUCAUUUCCGGAAAGUGAAGGUUUCACCAAUGACUCACCUUGGUGGUGGAGACAUUGCUGCACAUGAUGAGAGGAGAUUGUCCCGCUUUAGUUGCCGAAGGAAUACUCGCCCCGUGGAGUCUUUGCUCUACACGGCCAACAACCAGCACAAUGGUGAAGCCGCUGUAGAGAAUGCCGUGCUACAUCGGAAGCUGACAGUAUUACCAGGCCAACAUCUGAACGAAACUCAAGCUGGAAUCCUCCAUGAACUCCGAGGUAUUGGAAUAUUGAAUGGACAGGCAUCUGCCACUGGUUCCAUCUCAUUUACCGUGGACAAUGACCUCCAGUCAGCUCUGCCUCAUACACGCCGUCCUCCCGCUCGUCUAGCCCGGCUGGAGAAGACGCCCGUGGUGCAGGACUUGAGGACGGGCGAACAUCUGCGAGAGAAGAUGGAAGCUAAUGAGAGAAGACGAAAGAUCAAGCAAGACGAACUUCUAGAGCGUCUUCGUGCCCACUCUCGCCAAGCGGUCCACCACAACGAGGUUGCCGCACAGACUGAGCGGAGUCUCCAGCAGCGAGUCGCUGAUAAGAUCAUCGAGAAAGAUAUUGCCUUCAACAAGAGAGUGGAGAAAAUGAUUGCAGAUAGAGAAGAGAGAGUCCGGGUCAAGUCCCGCAUGGGAGACCACGCUAAAGAGGUUGUCGAGAUUAUGGAUAAAGAGUGUCAGCUGCGAGCAGCGGUCACUGUAGCCAAGAAACAAAAGAUUGUCCAGACAAAUCUUGAGCGUCACCGUCGUCUCCGAUCGAACAGGGUGAGAUUGAGCCAGAGACACCGCGAGAACGUCCGCCGUGCCGUAGCUCGGCGCCUCGCUGAGCAGGAAGAGCACGCCGAGUCUCAGAUGCAAUACUACGGGGAGAUCGAGACGGCAAGGUUCAGCGACGACGAAAGCGUCUUGGACCCAGAGUUGCAGUGGCUCAUGUAG